GAUGACUGCAUAACCGCUGCCGAGCUGCCCAGAGUUAUUGCCCUUAAAAAGAGAGGUUUUCAUCCCUCAAGUUAUGCUAUAUUUGUCCUUUAUCAUGAAUUGGUAAAAAAUCAAUGGCAGGCAUACCUGUCGUCGUUGUAUCGUACCUCCUCCUCCACCCGUGGCUGUCUGUGUCUUCUCUGGCACAAACAACCUUCGUCUUUCCCAGACUGAGUGGUUUAACAAGUGGAAAUUUGUCAGCCCUGUAUUUGGAUGGGAACGCUGUAACGCAACCCGAUCUUAUAGGCAUCCGCCUCACCAAUCUAUCACAAUACGUUACAGGCAGUGUUUUAUAUUCAGAAGCUGUGCGUAUGAAAGAGCGCGUGUCCAAAAAUGCAACUCUGUCAUUCAGCACUAGUUUCGUAUUCGCUAUGGCUCCUCCAAAUCCUUUGGAGUGCGCUGAAGGACUGUCGUUUAUGAUGACACCAAAAAAAACACAUGAGGGAGGCCUACCAGGUUCAUACCUUGGUUUGUUCAAUUUUACAAGCAUGGGACAGCCUUACAAUCAUCUCUUUGCCGUGGAAUUCGACAUAUUUCGGAACGCAGAAUUCGACGACAUCAACGACAAUCACGUAGGAGUAAAUCUCAACUCUCUCUAUUCUGUAGAAUCUAAAGCUGCGGGUUACUGGGAUGGUAACCAGUUUGUACAAUUAGAUCUCAACGAGAGACAGAACAUUCAAGCUUGGAUUGACUAUGAUCAUCUUCAACAACAGCUCAAUGUUACCAUAGCACUGGCUGGUUCGCUUCGCCCCGAGACGCCCCUGAUAUCUAAGAAAAAUAUGAGUCUGUCCGGCAUUCUCGAGGAAGAAAUGUAUGUUGGAUUUGUAGCAGGCACUGGAGGGUUCGUGCAAGAACAUUAUAUCCUUGCCUGGAUCUUCACUACAAAUGGAACAGCGCCGGCUUUGAAUGCAUCUAUUCUUCCCAUUUUGACAACCAUAGAAUCCCAUUCCAAUAACCCAAAAUCUGGUCUAAUACUCGGCUUAACCGCAGCUUUCGUUUGUUUCGUGGUGCUCGCAGUUGCAGUUGUGUGGUUUAAAAGAAAGAAAAGCGGAGAGGUCAUUGAAGAAUGGGAGCUGGAUUAUUGGCCUCAUAGAAUAAGCUACAGAGACUUAGCCAUUGCAACCAAAAGGUUUGGAGAGAAACAAGUCUUAGGAAGUGGAGGUUUCGGCAAGGUUUACAAAGGAGUCCUUCCUGCUAAUGGCCUCGAAAUCGCUGUGAAAGCCAUCUUUCGAGAGACCACAGAAGGAGUGAAGGAAUUCAUAGCAGAGAUUUCAAGUCUUGGUCGUCUCCAGCACCGGAAUCUUGUGCAAAUCCGUGGCUACUGCAGGCGUGGAGGAAAGUUAUUCAUAGCGUAUGAUUUCAUGGUAAACGGAAGCCUGGAUAAGAUGAUAUUUGGGAAUCCUUCUCGAGUGCUAAAAUGGUCUCAAAGAUAUGCAAUUCUGAGGGACGUGGGUGCAGGAUUGUUGUAUCUUCACGAAGGAUGGGAGCAAAGGGUUGUGCACAGGGACAUCAAGUCUUCUAACGUUUUGUUAGACUCUGAGCUUCGUGGAAAGCUGGGAGAUUUUGGGCUUGCUCGUUUGUAUAGCCAUGAUGAGAACUCCAGAACAACUCAUGUGGUUGGAACGCCUGGCUACAUCGCACCAGAUCUGAUAUCUACAGGAAAGGCCACUAGCAGUACGGAUGUAUUCAGCUUUGGCGUUUUGUUGUUGGAGGUUGCGUGUGGAAGGCGCCCUGUAGACCCUUUGCUGGAUCCUUAUCAAAUAAUUUUGUUGGAUUGGGUGAGGGAUCUGUAUGCCAGUGAUAGUCUCAUAGAUGCGGCCGAUGCAAAGCUUGGUGGCGAUUUUGUUAAGGAUGAGAUGGAGACGGUGUUCAAAUUGGGACUAUUUUGUACUAAUCCUCAACCGGAAGGAAGACCUGUAAUGAGACAAGUAGUUCAAAUACUUGAAGGCGAAACUUCCCUUGCGGCCUCUGCUCUUCCUCUUUCGUUUGAGAUUAGUGAAUCGGGCCCGAUAGAGGAGUCUUUAGAUGCUUUCUGCUCCGAAUCCUUGGAGUUGCCCUUGAAUGGAAGCUCGUUUUAGAAGAUUGUGUUUAUGCGUUACUGUCUUGUGUGCCGUACUUCCUUUUCUUACUAUGCAACUUAUCUUGCUUAAAAAAAAGUGUUAUAAACUUAUAAGUCGUUCUAGUUUAUUACGAGUAGAAUCUUGGCUUUAUUCUGCAGACUGAGAAUAUAUUAUCUGGUUUUGGAUAAGAAUUAGAAAUAUUUAUUUUUUAUUUGAUA